AUGAAUUCGGCGGAACAGACAGUGACAUGGUUGAUCACGCUCGGGGUACUGGAGUCGCCGAAGAAGACCAUCUCGGAUCCCGAAGCAUUUCUGCAGACCUCGCUCAGAGAUGGGGUGGUGUUAUGUCGACUGCUGGAGCGGCUUAGCCCGGGUUCUACGGAAAAAAUCUAUCAAGAGCCGAAGAACGACGCCGAGUGCCUGACCAACAUCAAGGAGUUCCUCAAGGGCUGCACGUCGUUUCGCGUCGAGCCAUUUGAGGCCAGUGAUCUGCUGCUGGGACUGAACUUCACAAAGGUGCUGAGCAGUCUGGUUACCCUCAACAAAGUUACUGCGGACAUCGGCGUGGGUAGUGACUCGGUGUGCGCACGCCACUCCUCGGCUCACCGGAUCAAGUCUUUUGAGUCUCUGUCAUCGCAAACCUCCCUGGGCCGUUCUUCCAAGCUGCUGCAGAACCAGUUCAGGAGUCUGGACAUGUCGGAGAACAGCGGGCAGCAGGUGCUGGUGAAGGCGCGCUUCAACUUCGAGCAGACCAACGAAGACGAGCUCACCUUCAACAAGGGCGACAUCAUCGGGGUGACCCGCCAGGAGGAUGGCGGCUGGUGGGAGGGUAUGCUGAACGGCAGGACGGGCUGGUUCCCUAGCAACUAUGUGCGCGAGCUCAAAGGAUGCGACAAACAAGUUUCCCCUAAGUCUGGGACCCUGAAGAGCCCCCCGAAAGGCUUCGACACGACGGCCAUCAGCAAGACCUACUACAACCUGGUUUUACAGAACAUUCUAGAAACAGAAACAGAGUAUUCUAAAGACCUCCAGGUCUUGCUGACCAACUACCUGCGCUCGCUCCAGAGUACAGACAAAAUGAGCAGUUUAGAUGUUGCUCUGAUUUUGGGGAACCUGGAGGAGAUCAGCACUUUCCAGCAGAUGCUCGUACAAUCGCUGGAGGAGUGCACCAAGUUGCCGGAACACCAGCAGAGGGUAGGCGGGUUCUUCCUCAACCUCAUGCCCCAGAUGAAGGCUCUGUACACAGGGUACUGCUCUAACCACCCCUCUGCAGUCAAUGUCCUCACACAGCACAGUGAAGCUCUGGGAGAGUUCAUGGAGGGCAGGGGAGCCGUGAGCCCCGGCAUCCUCACCCUUACCACAGGCCUCAGCAAGCCCUUCAUGAGGCUGGACAGGUACCCCAACCUGCUGAAGGAGCUGGAGAGGCACAUGGAGGAAAGCCACCCUGACAGACCGGACAUCCAGAAGUGCAUGGCAACAUUUAAGAACCUCUCUGCCCAGUGCCAGGAGGUGAGGAAGCGUAAGGAGCUGGAGCUGCAGAUCCUGACGGAGGCCAUCCGCCUGUGGGAGGGGGACGACAUCCGGACCCUGGGCUCGGUGCUCUACAUGAGCCAGGCCAUGGUCCACAGUCCUGGGGCCGAAGAGAAGUGCGAGCGCUACCUCAUGCUCUUCCCCCACGUGCUCCUGCUGCUGUCCGCCAGCCCCAGGAUGAGCGGCUUCAUAUUCCAGGGUAAACUCCCGUUGACCGGCAUGACAAUGACCAAACUGGAAGACUGUGAAGCCCAUAAGAAUGCCUUUGAGCUCAGCGGCACCAUGUUCGAGCGCAUCCAGGUGGUGUGCAACAACCAGCAGGACCUCCAGGACUGGGUGGGGCACCUGACCCGCCAGACCAAGCACACCGCGGCCACCGGGCCCAGCCACAAACCCCUCAACAUGCCCUGUCACACGCUCCCGUCUCACCCACUGACCCCCUCCCGGCAUGCCGAGGGGCGGGCCAUGACGGUGGCCCCAGCCUACCACACCCUUCCACACCCCUCCUCUCACGGGACCUCUCACAGCACCCUGAUGUGGGGCCCCCUGGAGCCUCCAAACACCCCCAAGCCCUGGAGCCUGAGCUGCCUGCGGCCUGCCCCCCCGCUGAGGCCCUCGGCGGCCCUCUGCUACAAGGAGGACCUCAGUAAGAGUCCAAAGAGUGUGAAGAAGCUCCUUCCAAAGCGUAAGCCUGAGAGGAAGCAGUCUGAAGAGGAGUUUGCCGUGAGGAAAAGUACAGCAGCACUGGAGGAGGAUGCUCAGAUUCUCAAGGUCAUCGAGGCGUACUGCACUAGUGCCAAGACCAGACAGACUCUCAACUCCACCUGGCAGGGCACCGACCUGAUGCACAACCACGUGCUCGGCGACCCCGGCCGCGCCUGCGCCGAGUCGUCGCCGCUCGGUCGCCGCGCCAGCGUGUCGCGGCCGGACGUGACCUCCGACCUCUCGGAGGACUCCGACUACGACUCCGUCUGGACUACGCACAGUUACAGGAUGGGCUCGGUGUCGCGUAAGAGCUGCAUCUCUCACCAGAACUAAGGCUCCCCACCUCCACCCUCCACCACCCCCACGACCCCCCACCCACCCCCCCACCGCAACCCCCGCCUGCCUGCACCGCGGCGCUGGCUUCGACCCCGGUGACCUCUUGACCUCGUCGUACUGAGAGAGAUAGCUUAUAGGAGGAGCACUGCUGGGGUCCUCGUCGUCGUUUCGCUGUUGUUGUCGUCGUCGUUGUUGUUGUUGUUUUUGAUUUUUUCUUAUUUAUGUAAUUUAUUUUCCAUUAUGUACUUGUUAAUCAUUUGUAACUUAUUAUGUUUUUAUUUAUCGUAGAGCGUUUACAUUUUGACAAGUGUCUCCCCGUUGCCUUGACCAAUUUUCCUUUUUUUAAUGACGUGCCUCCUCUCUUUCCGUGAUUCUGUAUGUGGUGUGCAUACAGAAUGUCUGUUGGUUUAUUUAUGUUGACUGUGCCCACUCUCCACCGUUUGACCUGAGAUACGUAGGCUCUCUCCUCCGCCAGGGAGCAGAGAUGAUGGGGCGGGGGGGGGGGAUAGAUGGGGACCAAGCCUUUCCUGUCUGAUAUUCAGAUGUGAUUCAGAAUGGAGUGUUGCUACAAUACACGUGUACUUCUUUUCUCCACUAUGCCCCUUUUAAGGAGUCUGUCUCCUCGAUAUAUAGCACAGGUACAUGCAUAAACACUCUAUCUCUCCAUCUCUCGUGCCAACGGGCACGCACACAGUAUACUCUCAUGCCUCUGCUGCCAAACAUACAGCAGCGUGCACAUGUAAUAUAUAUCUUUUUUAAUUAUUAUCAUUAUUAUUAUUUAUAUUUUUUUCCUUAUUUUAUUGUCCAUGACCAAAGCAUGUUUGUGUUGAGUUUACGACUAUCUGAAGAGGGUUUAGUGUAAUGGGACUCACACAAGCUAUGUCAAAGGAGAUGUUGCAGGAAGACCUAUACACCUUCCAUACUGUAAGCUAUAGCUCCGCAGCCAGAGAAUGAACAUAAGAGAUGACUUUUAGAGUACAUUUUAUUGUAUUGUGUGUCCUGAAUUUACUUUUAAAGCCCACUCAUUAAGAACCCCUGUCAGGUUUUUGCCCCAAGGGGACUUUCAGUUCAUGCAACAAAAAGAUCAAAACUGGAAUUUUUGCAGAUCGUCUGAAAUCUAUAGCCUGUUGAGAACAAAACGCACACAAAGGUACAGUCGGAGGUACUUCCAGAGAUGUACACUUGGCAGCCUAGUUGUAUAUGAUGGCACUGUCAACACUGAUAGCAGAGGGGGCACAGGCUGACCAUGAUGAACUCGAAUAAGUUAGUAUGCUUUAGGCCUAGAGCAGCCGUCCUUGUCAACAGUAACCAGCAUGCUGUAUACCCGCAUGCUAGACAAGGCCUUAGUUCAUCCCUCACACCGCGUCUCCUGUCCUUUCUCUAUCAGUGCUAUUUUUUAUGAAGAAAUAUUUUUCCAGUCAUGCUAUGAAUUCACCCGAGUUCUGUUUCUCACACACACACACACACACACACACACACACACACACACACACACACACACACACACACACACA